GCAAAAAUUUGGCUGACUAGUGUCAAGCAUAGGGGUCGAAGUUGAAGUGGGAAUAUCUGAUAGAGAUUUCGGUACUGCGAGGCUCUCUUGAUCGGUCUUCUCUUUCUCUCUCGCUCGCUUUACACCUUUACCCUUCACCAAUCAUGGCUUUCAUCCUCAACAAAACUGUUGUUGCCUCUCAAUUGCGCUCUCACUUUCAGGGAGCAAGAAACGAUGCCCUUUCCCUCUCGCGUCGCCAAUUUCAUGUAGAACCAGGAAAGCGCGAACUAGCUCUCUUGGCUGAGGACCCAUCUUUAAAGCGAUUCAAGUCACAUAAGCCUAAUGUGAGGCGACUUAUGAGAGUGGGAGAUGUACUCACUAUAGUUGUUGUAGCAGGUUGUUGCUAUGAAAUAUAUACUAGAGCAGUGAUGCGAGAAGAGGCUCGGAAACAAGCAAAUGCAGAAAAUUGAAGUGCAUAAUGAUGAGUUUAUGCGUGUGUCUGUCUUUGGCCUUAAUAGUUCAGGCAACUAUAGCAGGAAUAUUCUGACUUUCAAAUGCAAAAAAAAUGGCUACAUUUACUUGGUUU